AUGUACGAGAGACCAGAGAGCAAAACAUGUCAAAGUACUUUCACAGCCUCUCACAAACCCCACACAGGCUCAAGUCCAGGAUGCUCGCCACAUGGACUCCCGACCAAGAGGUCAACCAAGUCCGCCUCCGUUCCGGCGCCGACAUGAAGCGCAAGCUCCGGUGGUUCGAUCUCGUCUCUCUCGGCGUUGGUGGAAUGCUCGGAGUCGGUGUCUUUGUAACCACCGGACCCGUCGCACGUGACAUAUCCGGACCGGCUGUAUUCAUUUCUUACAUCGUCGCUGGUUUCUCGGCGCUUUUGUCCUCACUUUGCUACACCGAGUUCUCAGUCAACGUCCCUGUCGCCGGCGGAGCUUUCAGUUAUCUCCGCGUCACAUUCGGUGAGUUCAUCGGAUAUUUUGGAGGAGUCAACAUAUUAUUGGAGUACGUUUUGUCAAACGCAGCGGUUGCUAGAAGCUUUACGGAGUAUAUGUGUGCCGCGUUUGGCGUUUCUGAUCCGAACGCUUGGAGAAUUAAAGUGAAUGGUCUUGCGAAAGGUUACAAUGAACUCGAUUUUCCUGCCGUCGCUCUUGUUCUUUUGCUCACUCUUUGCCUUUGUCAUAGCACGAAGGAGAGCUCCAUGCUCAACUUAGUGAUGACGGUGUUCCACGUAAUAUUCUUCGGAUUUGUAAUAAUCGCCGGAUUCUGUCACGGUGACGGAGUCAAGACGCUAGUGGAGCCGCGAGGGCUGACUCCAUACGGCGUUCGUGGAGUCGUUAACGGAGCUGCCGUCGUGUACUUUAGUUACAUAGGGUACGACACCGUUUCAACUCUCGCCGAAGAGAUCCAAAACCCUUCCUUUAGUCUCCCCGUCGGAAUCAUCGGCUCCGUCUCGAUUGUCUCCGUCCUCUAUUGCCUCAUGUCUCUCGUACUCUGCAUCAUGGUUCCGUACAAUGAGAUAUCCAAAAGCGCCUCGUACGCGGUUGCGUUUCGGAGGAUCGGGUGGGGUUGGGCAGGGAACGUGGUUGGUGCGGGUGCGAGCCUAGGGAUCGUGGCGUCGCUGCUGGUGGCUAUGUUAGGGCAAGCGAGAUACCUUUGUGUGAUCGGAAGAGCGAGGCUGGUCCCUUCAUGGCUCGCCAAGGUUCAUCCUUCCACCGGAACUCCCUUGAACGCCACUCUCUUCCUCGGCCUAUGCACAGCUACAAUUGCGUUGUUCACGGAUUUAGAUAUAGUAAUGGAGCUGAUUUCACUUGGAACGCUCUGCGUUUUCUACCUAGUUGCAAACGCUCUUCUCUAUCGCAAAUACACUUUAAUUGGCCAAAACGCACCGCUUCACACUCUCUCGUUCCUCGCCUUCCUCUCUUCUUCUGCUCUCGCGUUCUCACUCUGGUGGAAACUGAACAAACCGUGGUGGGGCCUGGCACUAUUUUUCGCGACCACAAUAGCGGUCACUGCGUUUUUCCAAUACUACACAUGGUGGAUUUCAUCUACGGCUAACAAGAAUCUUCUGCCACCGUGUCCCUCCAAAUGGUCGGUGCCGUUCAUGCCGUGGCCUGCCGCCAUUUCGGUGUUCCUAAACGUUUUUCUUACUACAACGCUUAAAACGCUGUCAUUUCAGAGGUUUGCGAUUUGGACGUGUCUUGUAACUUUGUUCUAUGUGUUGUAUGGCGUUCAUCGGACUUAUGAGGCUGAAGAGAUAGGAAGAGUAGAGGAUGUUGAAAGACACGUUACUAGCACGAGGGUGCAACCGGAAAAGUUGGACAAUGUCCAAGCGAUGACUGAUUUUACAUAGUUAUGGAUUUUUUUAUAACAAAUUUUAGAUUGUAUGCCAAAAUGAACUUACGAUGAUAAUAUAUAUCUAUAUAUAUAGCGACCAUUUCGAUUUCACUGACUGUUUUACAUUUUAAAUUGACCAUCGAAGAUAUAUAUAAUAACGUUUCAUGUGAAAUAACACAUGUCGACCCCCAAAUGUAAUUUUUUUCAGUUUGGACUUAAGAGUU